GAGGAUCCCGAGCCGUGCCAGCCCCAGGAAAAUCAAGGCAUGGAGCCGGGCGCCUGCAGCACCUCGGGGGCCGAAGGCGCCGGGGAGAGCGAGCGCGGCGCGCCCCGGGUCUGCGGGGUCUGCGGGGACAGAGCCACCGGCUUCCACUUCAACGCCAUGACCUGCGAGGGCUGCAAGGGCUUCUUCAGGAGGAGCAUGAAGAGGAAGGCCAUGUUCACCUGUCCCUUCAGCGGGGAGUGCCACAUCACCAAGGACAACCGGCGGCACUGCCAGGCCUGCCGGCUGAAACGCUGCCUGGACAUCGGCAUGAUGAAGGAGUUCAUCCUUACGGACGAGGAGGUGCAGAGGAAGAGGGAGAUGAUCUUGAAGAGGAAGGAGGAGGAAGCCCUGAGGGAAAGCCUCAAACCCAAACUCUCAGAGGAGCAGCAGAAAGUCAUCGACAUCCUGCUCGAGGCCCAUCGCAAAACCUAUGACCCCACCUACGCUGACUUCACCAAAUUUCGGCCCCCUGUGAGGAGCCACCCCAGCAGCAGAGGGGCCACAAAAUCCUCGUCCCUACUCACCCAGGACCUGUCCUCGGAGGAUUCCUCGGAUCUCUUCGGCUCCGAGGCCUUCAGCACAUUCCCAGACCCCACGGAGCCGCCGCCGUUCCCCAGCCUGGGGCUGCGGGAGGAGCAGGACGAGAGCUCCUCAGUGAACCUGGAGUUCUCCCAGCUCUCCAUGCUCCCACACCUGGCUGACUUGGUCAGCUACAGCAUCCAGAAGGUGAUCGGCUUUGCCAAGAUGAUCCCGGGAUUCAGGGAUCUGUCUGUGGAGGACCAGAUCGUGCUGCUCAAGUGCAGCGCCAUGGAGGUGAUCAUGCUGCGCUCCAACGAGUCCUUCACCCUCGAGGACAUGUCCUGGACCUGCGGCAGCAGCGACUUCAAGUACAAGGUCAGCGACGUCACCCAAGCCGGGCACAGCAUGGACCUGCUGGAGCCGCUGGUGAAGUUCCAGGUGGGGCUGAAGAAGCUGAACCUGCAUGAGGAGGAGCACGUGCUGCUCAUGGCCAUCUGCAUCCUGUCCCCAGACCGGCCGGGCGUGCGGGAGCCGCUGCGGGUGGAGGCGCUGCAGGAGCGGCUCUCGGAGGUGCUGCAGAGCUACAUCCGCGCCCGGCACGCCGCGCCCGGCGGCCGCCUGCUCUACGCCAAGAUGAUCCAGAAGCUGGCGGACCUGCGCAGCCUGAACGAGGAGCACUCGCGGCAGUACCGCUGUCUGUCCUUCCAGCCCGAGCACAGCAUGCAGCUCACGCCGCUGCUGCUCGAGGUCUUCGGCAACGAGAUCUCCUGAGCGCCCGCACGGCAGGAGCGGCCCCGCAGCCCCGCGGGACAGGGAACAGCGCUGGGUGU